AAUUGGGUUACUGUGACACUUUAAAUCAAAUUUAACAAAAUACUAUAUUUUAAUUGACUUAAAUACCAAGAAACUCGAAUUGAUAAAGUGAAGUGCAAACAAAGUUUGGUAGCCAGCGUUGUCAAUGCAAAGGCAACAAAUGAAAAAACUCGUAUAGAAGCAGCUGCUAAAGAUUUCAAAUGAUGUUACUGCACUCAUUUAUAUGUGUGUUUGUUGUUAUGCGAGAAAUACUUUGUUAGCAAUCAUUAGUUUACCUUAUUUGGGUUUUCUUUGUACAUUGAACACAAGUACCAAAUUCGAGCUUAGUCACAUUUCAUUUCGCCAAUUCGUCUAUAGCAAAUGAAGAUGCAAUUUAAACUAAGAAUUCUCCUUUAUUGUGUAAAGAGUUUAUUCAACGUUCAACAAGAUUUCUAACAUAAGGGAAGCGGAAUGCGGAGCUUAUGGAAUUUAAGAGCUUUAAAACCAAAAGUUGCCCAACCUUUAAUGCUUUCUAUUUCUGAAAGAUAUUAAGGAGUAUACAAAGUAAGAAACGGAACUCUCAACAACGAUAUCACAAAUGCACCUAAAGACCGCGACUGUUGUAGGGACGUUAAAAUCUAUCAGUAGAGAUAAUUUUGAUGAGAGGACAAUCCGCCAAGAAGAAAAAAGACCGAAUAUGGCUGCCACUACAAGAAACAAUGCAAAUGAUGAAAAUCCACAGGGCGGGGGGAGUGGUACAAGGGCCAACAAUAGCAAUAGCAAUAAUAAUAACAACAAUAACAAUGACGAUAAUUCGAGUAAUAAUCAACAGGUUACGGAUGAUGCAGAAUUAAAGUUGAAACGGCAAACACUAGAACAACGUAAACAGGAAUUGGAAAGGGUAUUGAGCGAAAAAAAUUGGUUGUUACAACAAAUACAAAAGCAAGAAACUCAAAUACUUAAUGGAAACUAUGAGUAUUUGAAUGUAAAUGAAAUAUUUGCAAUGUUGGCGCGGCAGUAUAAAAAGGAACAUGGCGGAAAUGGAAGUAGUGACAUUGGAAGUACAGCCGUCUUGCGGAGAAAGACAAUUGGGGAUAGUAGCUGCAAGGAAAAUCAGUUGAAUCACAAUAAUAAUAACACUGCUAAUCGACAGUCUGAAAUUUCGAAUCGUUCAUCGGAGUAUGACAACUAUCCAGGCGGUAGUUCUAACAAUGGUGAAUCUAAUCCACCAGCUUUUAAUGCCAACGCAACACAAAUGCCGCUAACUAAGUCUCAAUCAUUGAGGAAGAGAGGCAAUACCACACCUACAGUACAAACGUUAAGUGGCAAUUACAAUUAUCUGCAAGUACAGCAAAGGCAACAACAACAGAAAAUGAUGCAACAUCAAAUGUUGCAGAAUCAGAUGCAAUAUGCUGCUAUGAUGCAACAUCAGCAUUAUCACCAUCAGCAACAACAGUUGCAUCAGCAUCAGACGCACGACGAACAGCAGCAACUGCAACAAUACAAUCAACAAAUAUCGCCAUCACAAUCGCAUCUUCGCCAGUAUCCAGUCGAUGGCAUUUCCUUAUAUUCGGUCAACUCAGCUAAUGUUGCCACUUUACGACAGCAACAUAUUUCCCCUCAACAGCAACCGAUUGUGGUGCAGUGUGAUCGUUACUAUUUAUCACCCACGCACCAGAACUAUAGCGAUGGUGGUUUCAUUAAGUCCAGUCAAAAUAUUAAGAAGUACGUAUCGCCACAAGCAUCACCAACACAUCAUGGUGUCGCAACAACACAAAUGCUCCCGUAUUUGCAACAGAGUCAUUCUUAUCAGCAAGAUUUGUUAAUGGUAACUGCAGCAGGGGCCGAACAGAAAUAUAUGCAUCAGCAGCAGCAACAACCACAACAGCAGCAGUUUUUGACACUACACCAAUUGCAACCGCACAAUUUAUUGCACUCGCAUCCUCAAACACAGAUAUCUAGCAGGCAAUUAGACGCCAUUUCGUUGGCUCCUUCAUACAUUUCUGUUGAUGUGGACAGUGCAGCGGUGCAUAAUCUACGCUGGCGUUCGCAAAGUAAUUUGCCACCUGUGUCCCCACACACACCACCACACAAGGGGAUUGCUUACAAUUCAACCCAAAUAAGCGCUGACGUCAAAUCGCAAUCGAGUGAUAUGCUAUCAAGUAAUGCGUAUUAUAAUACGUCUGCCGCGCUGCCAGCAGCGUCUAUUAAAACUUUGACUAAACCUCUAGAUGAAAUUUCUAUUUCAUCGUAUAAUAGUGAAAUGCAAAAAUCGAAACCGCCCAAGCCAAAACAGUGGUUGGAAUCCUCUUUGGACGGCCCGGUAGUACGUCAGUCUCCAGCUAGUAGUAAUGUACAUGGACAGGACACAUUUCAUAACACAACUAGCUCACGCCUACCAGCAAAUAAAAUGCAUCCGGGUUCGUCUGGCGCUGGUGUUAGCACUGGUGUUUUAAGCGGCUCUCGAGAACGCACAAAACUAUCUUCUCAAUCGAUGUCGGGUGCGCCUCGUCAUUACUCUAUGUCGGCUGCUUCCCAUAAGCACCCCUAUUCGCAAACUAAAAUGCUACAAGAUGAUGAUGGUCGCUACGCAAAACUUAGCCAGUCUACGUCUUAUCUGAAUAGUAGGGAGUCACCUUCAAUAUCAGCUGCAUAUCCACUGGACGGUAGUAACAACAGCACCACUAUUGAAUUGCCAACCCCUACAACGGCAUUCAAGUAUAUACCGCCGAAACCUGUCACUCCAUCUAAUACUACGCCGACACAGCUGACACCACCACCACCGCCACGACCACCACCGAGAGAUAGCGAAAAGAUUAUGGGUAUAAGUACAACGAUCACUGGUAUUGCGUCUGUUCCCAGUACUCUAGCACCAACCGAUAUACGAAUUGAGUCACCCAAAAAUAUAACUGUUGUAAAGCCGGCCACCUUCCGGCCCUAUCAGGAGGAAACCAAACCAUUUGAAAUGUCCGACUUCUAUAAAUAUUCCACGAAAUUUCGACAGAAAGAGCCAUCUGUAGCGAAUGCAGAACACUGAAAUAGUUUAGUGGAUGUAAAUUAUUUCAUAAAUAUAAACAAACAUCACAUUUUCAAUGACUUCACAUUUUUCUAGCAACCAAUUUCAAUUAAUUACGCCUUUUGUGGUACUCAUAAAACAUAAAAAUAGAAAUUAGGUUUAUUAUAGAAAUUGCGUUAUUAACAAUUUCAUAGUUUCUUUAAUCAGCUAAAUAUUCGAAUGACUGAUGCACGCCAACUUGCGGUAGGCGCGUUAUAUAAUACACUGUCUUAACGAUACAACGGAAUAUGCCUUAAUAAAUAAGUAUCCUUAACACUAAGUGCGAAUAUACCCAACGAAACGUUUUUGUUAAAGACUUGUUCAAAUUUGAUAUUUAUACAAUUGAAAAAACAAAUGCACAGAAAUUGUUCAAUUAAAAAGAGUUACAACAUUUGUUGUAUAUUGACGAUAUUUCCAAUAUUUGUAGUAAUUAAUUCACACAUUUUAGUUGCAAAAAUAAUUAUGUUUUUGAUAUUUCAAUUAUUAGGAUUUUAUACUACUUGUCUUUACUUCACAACGACUCUGUGCUCAUCAUUGCCAAAUUGAUAUACAUACAUACAUAUGUACAUGUUAUAACGACAAUAAAUAUACAUACAUAUUUUUAUACGAAUUAAAAUUGUUACAUUUUCCAUAGGUAGCUUAUAUGUAAUAUAUGUACAUAUGUAGAA